UGGAGCUGCCACAAUGCUACGCAAGGGUAUUACAGAGAGCUUUGGAGCUGCCGUCCAUUCACUCAGCACCGCCCAGCUGACAGAUGGAGUGAUUACCAGGAGCAAAAGGAUGAUUCUGGACACCCUGGGUGUUGGGUUAUUAGGAACCAGGACAGCUGUCUUCAACAAGGCUCUCACGCACAGCCAGUCAUUCAUGUCUGAAGAGAGGAGCAGCGUCUGGGGUAAAUCCAACAUAACUCUGCCUCCCCACUAUGCUGCAUUUGUCAAUGGUAUCGCUGUUCACUCCAUGGACUUUGACGACACAUGGCACCCUGCUACUCAUCCCUCGGGAGCCGUGCUGCCUGCGUUGCUGGCCCUGGUGGAGACCCUGCCCUGCCGGACCUCCGGCCUCGAGCUGCUGUUGGCAUUCAACGUUGGCAUCGAGGUGCAGGGCCGACUCAUGAGGUUCUCCAGAGAGGCGCACAACAUCCCUGAAAGAUUCCACCCCCCCAGUGUUGUUGGGGUGAUGGGCAGUGCUGCAGCCUCAGCCAAGCUCCUGGGUCUGUCCCCUGCACAGUGCACUCACGCUCUGGCCAUCGCGGCCUCCUCUGCCGGGGCGCCCCUGGCCAACGCUGCCACGCAGACCAAACCCCUCCACAUAGGGAACGCAGCUCGCAGAGGCCUGGAGGCCGCUCAGCUGGCCCAGCUUGGACUGGAGGGGAAUCCUGCCAUCCUGGAUCUGGACCGCGGGUUUGGGGUUUACUACAAAGACUACAGUCCCUCAGCGAUGCCAGAUUCUUCUUCCAGUAGCUUCAAAUGGAUUCUGGAAGAUCAGGACGUGGCCUUCAAGCGCAUUCCCGCUCACUUGGGGAUGCACUGGGUGGUGGAUGCAGCUCUGGCAGCCCGAGGGAAGCUUGUGAGAGCAGACAGGCACUUUGACCUCAGGCAGAUCCGGCACAUCACACUGCGAGUUCCUCCGUCCAAGUACAUCGACUGCUCCUCACCAGCCACGGAGCACCAGGCCAGGCACUCGUUUCAGUUCAACGCCUGCUCCGCCCUGCUGGAUAACCAAGUGACGGUUGCCUCCUUCAGCGAGGCUCAAAUCAGCCGAACCGCUCUGAAGGAGCUCCUGUCCAGGGUGAGGGUGGAGACGCCUGAGGACAACCGGCCCAGCUUUGACGAGAUGUACUGCGAGGUGGAGCUAGAAACAGUCGAGGGGCAGAGUUACACAGCCAGGUGCGAUACCUUCUACGGCCACUGGAGGAAGCCACUGAGUCAAAAGGACCUGGUGGAUAAGUUUAGAGUGAAUGCUUCGUCGGUGUUGUGCACGAAGGGAGUGGAGGGGUUGAUCGAUGUGAUCGGAAACAUUGAGCAAGUGAGUGAAUGUAUGAUCCUGGGGUCAUAUCUGAGGAUGACAAGUAGUCCACACGAGCAGUUAUACAGCGUAAGGUACAUGUGAUUGUACUGUAUCUAAAUUUUGAAUAAUCCUCGUAAUAUUUGAAAUUCACAUAUCCUUGUAAUUUAAAAUCCUUGUAAAAAUGUCUGAUAAAUGUUUUUAACUUGACAUGUUUACGUGCACUAAAUGUUUUUUCUUCUGUG